CGCUACCAGCCUACCAAAACCAUAUAAUUGCAGGAAAUAAAGAGCUCCUCUAUCUGCCCGUUACCGAGUCUCUGCAACUUUCUCCUUCAAUGGCGUAAAGCAAGCUCAAAAUCCUUGCGUGUCCGGGACUUUCACAUUGUCAGAAAGAGAAAGAAUUUUUUAGGAUAUCUCACACUCCGAGUGCAGAGCUCGGGAGAAAAGAGUGCCGAGAUCAGUUGGUGUUGGAAUUUUUUUUCCAUGUUUAUGAGGAGUUGUCUCUUUGGUAGCAAACCUGGGAAAGCCAGGCGAAUUCUUCUACCGCUUAUUCGGUUGCAUCCAUGAGAUCACUACUGCACUCGCCUUCGCUAGGAUGAGCGAUUCCGCUUACAGAGUCGAAACCACGUCCCGUCUGGCCCAAUGGAGGAUCGACAACUUGGCCUCUUGUACCUACAGAAAGUCCGAUCCUUUCAAGAUCGGCAACUGGAAUUGGCAUUUAUCAGUGGAGAAGAAUCAGGUGUUGUUCAUUAAGCUAUACCCAAAUCUGACGAGAGAUAACCCCCCAAUUGCGUCCUUCAUUAUUCAGGUCCUCUGUUCUGUUGGAGAUCGAAAAGCGCUGAUUCACCCAGGAAUAACAAACAAGCAACUAAAGAAUAACGAUGAUUUCAUUUGGGUGAUUGAAACUCCAUUAACUGGGAAGUUCAUUAUCAAUGUUGAGUUCCUAGAUUUGAAGAUAUCGUCGCCAAACGAUAGUGAACCUUGCUCCAUAUGGGCUGAAGGAUACAGUCAGAGACAAUCUAGUUCAACAGCCCUUUCAUGCCUCAGCAGAAUGUUAUCUGAAAGUAUCCAUACAAACAUUACAAUCAAUGCCUCCAAUGGGAGCAUUGGAGCCCACCGUGCUGUGCUGGCAACAAGAUCACCUGUCUUUUGGAGUAUGUUCUCACGUGAUCUCAAAGAGAAGGAUCUAUCAACUAUAAACAUCACAGAUAUGUCAAUUGAAUCUUGUCAGGCAUUCCUCAACUACAUAUAUGGAAACAUCCACUGGGACGAGUUUCUGACUCACAGGCUUGCACUUUUUCAAAUAGCUGACAAGUAUGACAUCUCUGACCUGAAAGAGGCAUGCCAUGAAAACCUUCUAGAAGAUAUUGACACUAAAAAUGUGCUUGAGAGAUUACAGAAUUCACAUCUUUAUCAAUUGCCAAGGCUAAAGAGCAGUUACAUGAGGUAUCUUGUGGAAUUUGGUAAGAUAUUUGAUAUUCGAGAUCAUUUUAAUGCCUUCUUACAAUGUGCCAAUAGGGAUCUGGUUGCUGAGAUCUUUGAUGAGAUUCUUGCCACCUGGAAGGGCCUCUAGAAUUCUGCUCAAGGAAAAGUAAUGAAGUGUUCAGGUUUGUUCUGCAUAAUUAUGUCUCUGCAGAUAGGCAUCUGGAACAAAAUUCUAUUUGUUCAGGAUUUGCUUCCACUAUAGCAUUCUUUAGUCGAGGUGGGUUUGAUUAUGUUAUGAUGUAUAUUUCUCCUUAGAUGAACCUACUGUAAAAGAAACAUUUUAUGCAUGGGUUGCCUUGUAAUAGGUCAAAUGUAAAUAAUUUGAUGUAUUAAUAUUAUGUGGUCAGUUUUUCAA